AUGACUACUGCGGAAGUCACCUCACAGCGCCUGCGCACUGCAGCGUCGGCGCGGCCUGGUUGCGAGCCCGCGGCUGGCCGGGGGGCGGGGGCUUGUGGUCGGUCGGGGCGCACCGCGAUGGCGGAGGACGGCCGAGCAAGCGGGAGUGAUCGUCGGCACCACCGGCGCAAACGGCGCUCCACCGAAGACAGGGAGCCGGAGAGGAAGAAGAAGCGGCUGCACCAAGAAGUGAAGAAAAUCAAACACGUCGAAACCUUUUACGAGAAACCACCACCAGGAAUGAUAAAGGAACAUGAUGACAAGCCGGAAGAUUGUAUUCCAGAUCUGCCAGGCAAUGAAGAAGCUCGAGAUUUCUUGGCACACGCUCCAACCAAAGGACUUUGGAUGCCGUUGGGAAAAGAAGUAAAAGUCAUGCAGUGUUGGAGAUGCAAAAAUUUUGGACACAGAACUGGGGAUAGAGAAUGCCCUUACUUCAUUAGUGGAAAUCAGAAAUUGGAACAGUUCAGAGUAGCACAUGAGGAUCCCAUGUACGAUGUAAUCAGAGCAAACAAACGUCAUGAAAAGGAAUCAAGUGGAGCGCAGUCUACCGAAAGCAGAACUUGCCUUCACUAUUCUGCAGUUAACUUCUGUAUCAGCAGUCACUGCUCGGGAGAGGGUGCUGCCAAGGUAAGUAAGCUGGUCCACUGCCUGCAGUUUCUGUCCUGUGACUGUGAUUUUUGGUUAUGUGUACAGUGCAUGAGGGGCAAGCUGGUGCAUGACUUCAGACUUUUUGAUGUUGAUGGUGAGUCCAAAGUUGUCACAAGCCGUGGAGAAUUUGUCCAUAUUGACUUGCAUCUCCGGCUCCGAGCCAGCAUACAAGGCAUAGUAGAGUAAUAUCCGUCAAACAAUUAAUGAAAGACUGCACCAAUUUGGGUGUUCACCCAGUGUGCAAAAGAUAUUAAACUGCCCAAAUACAAAAAGAAAGUAUAAAUAAAUAAAUAAGCAAUAAAUUUCAUCUCAUGUUCUUGAUGAAUCCUUGAAAGUAAGUCCAUAGGUUGUGGAAACAUUUCAUUGAUGGGGCAAGUGAAGUUAUCCCCUUUGGUUCAAGAGCCUGAUCAUUGACAGACCAGAGAGACAUUCUGUGAUGAUCAGGAAACCAAUUGUUUGGAAUCAAAUGACCUUGCCUGUUGUUUCAGAGCUCGGUGCCUCUGACACCCUUUGAUGUGACUUACUUCCACUUUGGAUCUAUAGUUCUGAGCUAACCUAAGAGUCUUGCAGAUUGUACCAAAGUUCACCAGGAAGUAUCUAUUCAGAGAUUGUGAGUUUGCAUAUUCCUUCUGGCAUUUACACUAGGCCCACGCAUGCUCCCAGUGUAGAGCUCAGUGUUUUCAGUGUUGUCCUAGUGCCCUUCUGUUUAGAAUAGUCAAUUUGUAUUUCUUCAUGGAAGUUUUGAGGUCAUUGAAUCUUUUGCUCUGUUCAUUGAUAACCUUUUUCCAAGGCAGAGCUUGCAAAAGAGUGUUAAUUGCAGGAGAUUAAUAUCAGCAGUGUGAGUGAUACUGAAUUCAGUCCUACAACAGAACCACUAUUGGAGAUCACUAAUUUUUUUAUUCACCCUGUAGUUUUGGUCUCACAUUACCACCAUGUAUGAAACAUUUCCCGUAACAGCUUUACUGAAUAACUGGGCAUACUAACUUUAAUCACUGUGAGGGCUAGGACAGGUAUUAUAAAAGUCUGAAAUUUUCUAGGUGUGCACUCUAGAUCAGAAAUUUGUACUUAGCUCAUUUAAAUGAAACCGAGAUGAUGGUAAAACUCACUGCCUACUUUGUAGAUGAAUGUUUAGGGCAUUUCCCUUUGUAAUGGGGUUGGUGGUGAUUGUUGGUUGCCUAGAGUUCUGUCCGAGCUCAACUUAGACUAAUAUUGAAGCGGUCUACCAAUCUACGACUUUACCUGUGAAUCUGCCAGGGUCGUCUGUUGUGUCUGCUGCUCCUGACGUGGCCUCCUCUACGUUGGUGAGACACGUCGUAGAUUGGUAGACCGUUUCAAGCACUUCUGCAUCAUUAGCCACUAACAGGACUUCCUCAGGGUGGAGGAGUAACACCUUACAUUUGGUCAGGGUACCCUCCAACCUGAUGGCAUGAUUAUGGAUUUCUCCUUCCAAUAAACCAUUCACAACCUCCCCCCCCCCCCAUUCCCCACACUGACAUUUUAUUUCUUCUAACCUGCCUAUUGUUUCCCUCUGGGUCCCCUCCUCCUUA